AUGGACCUCCAACGCUCCUCAGGGUCGUCGCCGCUACGCUCAGGAGGAAAUCAGCCCGAGAGCGAGGAUGAAAACGCCUACAGCGACGACGAUAGCGCCGCCGAAAAUGGAGACAAUGGUGACAAUGCCAACCCGCCCCAUCUAUUCAUCUCCAUCUCCAUCUCCAAUAUCUCCAUCUUCAUGUCCAUGUCCAUGUCUCUCUCGCCAGUCACUCCUCAGGACAUCGGGAGCAACCCCCCGGCUGCUUCAACGUUGGAGCCCGAAGACGUUCCAAGUCGAGACUUUGACCCGAACUCGCUAACAGUUAUUCGUCGAAGGUGUGAGCUGUGCAAGCAAAGAAAGGUCAAGUGUGAUCGCGGCCAACCUCAAUGCGGAUGGUGUAGUCGCAAUGGAGCCGCUUGCGAGUACAAAGAAAGGAAAAAGCCUGGACUGAGGGCUGGCUACGGCAGAGAACUGGAGCAGCGAUUAGACAGGCUGGAGGAAAUCAUCAGAGGCCAUUCUCAAAUCCUCGAAUCGACUUUCAGAAAUCACAGCAACAGUAUCCCUAGCGAUCACGAUACCCCUCAAAGUAUUCCUGCCCUUCGUGGAAGCGACGGGUCACAUUCGCAACCGCGCCAUCUGCCGCAGGCAGAGACAGCACUCUUCAUACAGAAACCUUCCACCUUCCCAGGCAGUCAACCAACUGACUUUGGCAAUCACUUGCCUCUGACACCAUCAAUUUUGCACCGGGAUCCUUUCCAGCAAGGAAUGCAACAAACAAACCGUGUCCACAACCAAGCCCAUCCACAAAAUGGCCAGUCUCCGGAGUUCUACAACACCGCCCAACAACCGCUCCCAUCACCUGGUCUUAAUAUCGCAACGAACCAGGGCGAGUGUGCUUCCAAUCAUGGACUUCCUCCGUAUGACCUGUUGUACGCUCUUGUGGAUCUGUACUUUAAACAUGUCAAUACUUGGUGUCCAAUCUUGCAUAGACGAACGACCCUAGAUGCCCUUUUUGGUCCAUCGGCUUUGGAUGAGGCGGACAGAAUCUUACUUUACGCCAUAGUUGCGACGACGUUGAGGUUCUCCACUGAUCAGCGUUUGACUGAAGACAGGAGGCGGCACUACCACGACAUCAGCAAGCAAAAGGUGCUUUUGUACGGGCUGGAAAACUCUUCCGUCAAGGCCUUGCAGGCUCUGGUGAUUCUGGCACUAGACCUCGUAGGUAUUAGCAAUGGCCCUCCGGGAUGGAAUUUACUUGCUCUCAUCACGCGUUCUGUGGUCCAGCUUGGACUGGCCGUCGAGACGACAUCCGUUUCUGUGUCUCCAAACUAUCCUUCCAUAUAUACACUACGAGCAAUGGUUCUCCCCGAAGCAGAUAGCUUCAUCGAAGAGGAAUCAAGGCGUCGUCUUUUCUGGAUGGUGUACCUACUGGACCGUUACGCAACAAUAGCUACCGCGUUUGAGUUCGCUCUCGACGAGAAGGAGAUUGACCGAACACUGCCAUGUCGGGAAGAUCUAUGGAACAGGAACCAACCAGUCCAUACUCGAUUCUUCCACACGAGCGAGAGGAAGGAAUAUGAGAUCGACAAGCCAGAAAACUUAGGCACUUUCUCGUAUUAUAUCGAGAUACUCGGAAUUCUUUCCAGGAUCCAUAGGUUCCUGAAGAAGCCAGUGGACAUCAGCGCUCUUUCAGAUGUCGAGCAGUGGCAAGGAGAGUAUAGAGAGCUGGACAACAUGCUUACAUCGUGGAAGUUCGAUCUGCCUGCGGACUAUGGAAAUAUGGCGAAGCUCUUUCAGCCAGGGGGGAGCAAGUCCAUAAACUGCGGGUGGGUCAUGCUACAUGCGACGUACCACACCACUGUCAUCAGACUCCACUCCUCAGCUGCCUACCCAACAACGAGAUCUCCGAUUUUCACGCCCUCCUACAGCGCAAGUCAACGCUGCCACGGUGCGGUAGAGAACAUUGCCGCGCUGGGCGAGUUCGUCGUCAAGCAUGGCAUGCUCCCCAAACUCGGGCCACCCUUCGCCUUUACACUUUGGGUAGCAGCCCGCCUCCUGCUCGUUCACGGGUCCACCAUCGAGCACAAGCUCAGCCCGCAGAUUCAAUUCUUCGUCGACACCCUGCAGGAAAUGGGUCGGUACUGGCUCGUCGCUGAGCGGUACACGGCCAUUCUCCAACGCGUGCUCGAUGAGCACCGCGACUCCGAACGCACAGUUGGGAUGCACGGUGAGCGAGUUACGCCGUCUUCAGUGAAGAUUCUGGCGGAUAUGAGGCGCUGCGCGUAUGACCUGGAUUUCCUGAUCUCGAGGCAGCCGAAGCAUAUCGGUAUGGCAUCACGCAUUCCUAGCGUGACGCCGUCCAGGACUCCAGCUCCCAACGAGCUCGAAUAUUUGGAUGUCUUCGACUUCUUCAACGUCCCCAGGCUGCCUGUGGAGGCAGGUCAUGUCUCUGGGAAUGGCGUGGGGGAUCUGCAUAUUCCUGGGAUGGGCAACGGGACCAACGAGUUCAACAUCACGAAUUUCAUAGUUGAUGCCAAUUCGGAUUGGCUGUUCAAGAACGAGAGUUGA